AUGUCAAAACAGUUUCCCAAUGGUAUUGAAAAAAUGGUGGUUCAACAAUAUUUGGUUUUACGUGAUGUGAAGCAAGUGAUUUCUUCAUCAAUUAGUCACCUGAUCUUAAAGAUUCAACCUUAUUUCUAUAAUAAUGGCACUUCAGUAGAUUUACUGUGUCUGUGUGGUACAGUUAGUAUUCAACAUAAAGGCAACAGAUACAAUAUUCCAGUUGAAAUUUGGUUACAAAAAGAUUAUCCUUUGGUAGCUCCACUGGUCUAUGUGAAACCAACAUCCAAUAUGUACAUUGCCUCAGCAUCGGGUAACGUCAAUCAAGAUGGACUUGUCGUUUUAUCUUAUCUUGAAUCAUGGCAUCAUACAAGUAAUUUAUAUAAUUUACUUCGAGCAAUGUCUGAGUCGUUCAGUAAAUCACCACCUGUUUACGCAAAAUUUUCACCUCAUUAUAAAUCUUUAUCGAACUCGAAUGCAUCUUCAUCAGGUACAGCAGCAUCUGUAUCUCUUUCGAAUAUACCUUUAUCGAUCACUCACAGCCCAACUUACAGCUCAAUGUCUAACAAUGUCAGUGAACAAAAACAGACCCAUCGAUUCUCUGAUAUUGGUGCAGAACCACGACGAAUGCUUUUACCAAUUCAAGGCUUUGAAAAAAUGCCUCUAGUUUCUCUUGAAAAGGCUAUUAGACCUGUUGCCUCAUUCGUUCCAGAUGUCGAACAAAUGGUUUGGAUCGCUAAAGAGAAUUGCCAUAGGCCAAAGGAUGGUUUAACCACUGAUGAAUCUGCAUCUAUCAUGCUUUAUACAAUGCAAUGGGAACCAUAUGAGAAAUCUUUCUAUGUUAAACUCAAUACUACUCUACGAGCAAGCGUUCGCGAACAGCUAAAACCAUGGUUUUUAUAUCUUCGACUCAUUAUCAAUGCUCUUCAGAAACUUCCAUCAACUCAUCAUGUUGUCUAUCGAGGUAUCAAAUCAGAUUUGACUGCUCAAUAUUCUCAAGGAAGUACAAUUGUUUGGUGGGGUUUUUCUUCGUGUACCCGGUCGAUUGAAACACUUAAGAAUGAAUGUUUCUUAGGAAAGAAAGGAAAAAGAACUCUCUUUCAUAUAGAAUGCGCUUCAGGUAAAAAUAUUCAAUCACAUUCAUUUUAUGCCCAAGAAGACGAAGUGUUGCUCCCUCCUGCUCGUCAAUUUGAAGUCAUUGGAUGUCUUGAUCAAGGAAAUGGUCUUCAAAUUAUUCAACUGAGAGAAACGCAACCGGAAUUUCCACUAAUUAAACUUAAUUCAUCAUAA